AAUGUGAAGCUGAUGUGACACCCCAGAGCAGUACUCCUCUCCUCUCUCAGCGACAAGAUGGACUCCAUCUUGGACCUGGCAUGGUCAUGUCUUGCCCCAUUUGACAAAAAGAUAAGCUCCAAUGAUGUUACUGAUUCCGUGAAAUAGUUUCUGAAGCUGGAAAAUGAUGUUUAGGGCUCAGAAACAGCAACCGGUGAGGAAUCCUCAUGUUUUUUAGUGGUUCCUGUGAGUUCUCCAGAUCAGUGAGGGUAAGAAGAAGUCUCCAUAAUCCAAAGCCUUAGCUGAGGAUAUCUGGCCAUUUGGUGGAUGAACUGGAUCUCUGUGUUGCUGUUCGUAGAAGUGUUGGAAGAAAUUUUCUUUGUCUGUUCUAAGUUCAUAUACAAGACCAUUUGCAGACCAGAAGAGAAAAGAGCAGUGAAUGGAUUGUGAUAGGGAGGAGGCCCUUAAGGCCAAAGAAACUGCCGAAAGGAAAUUCAACAAUAAGGACGUCAAGGGUGCCAAAAAGUUGGCUCUGAAGGCUCAAAAUCUCUUCCCGUCGCUUGAAGGCAUAAGCCAAAUGAUCACAACACUGGAUGUUUAUCUUGCGGCAGGAAAGAAGAUUAAUGGGGAGAGUGACUGGUAUGCAAUUCUCUCCGUGGAUGCCACUGCAGAUGAAGAGACACUGAAGAAACAUUAUAGGCAGUUAGCCCUCCAGCUGCACCCUGACAAGAACAAAUCCGUAGGAGCAGAAGGUGCUUUCAAACUCAUCUCUGAGGCUUGGAAUGUAUUUUCUGAUAAGAAUAGGAAAAUGGCAUAUGACCAGAUGAGAAAUGUCGAUGGUUUAGAAAGCAGAGCUUCACAACCACAUAGAGAUUGUUCUGUUCAUAAUACUGUCAAUGGUUUCUACUCAUCUUCCAACACAACAUCCGGCAAAAGAGCUCGAAAGAGAAAAACUGGUUCUGCUCCAUCUGCUGCCCCUCCUCAACCUCAUCCAAUAAAUUUGAACACGUUUUGGACAUCUUGCAACUGCUGCAGGAUGCAGUAUGAAUACCUUAGGACUUACCUUAAUCACAAUCUUUUAUGUCCCAACUGUCAUCAGGCCUUCAUGGCUAUCGAGAUAGGAAUUCCAGGUAAUGCAGCAAAUUCUUCUAUUUCAUGGUCAGCCAGGCAGCACGAACAUAAUUCAAACUAUAAGUACACAAUAAAGAAUGGUUAUAGUUCUGGGUUCAGUACCUCCACUUUUUCUGGAACAGGUCAUACAGAAUUACAGCAUGGGGGAAAUCUUGACUUUUAUAACCAUCAUAAGUUCCAAUGGAGCUCUUUCACUGGAUCAUCUGGGACUUCUAGUACAACAGAUUCUGCUUUUCAGCCUGCAAACUUAAUCCAUAAGAAAUUUGGAAAAAAGAGAAGAAAGCAUGAGGCACAAGCAGCAGCUCGAAGGGAAGAGUCCUUCCGGACGGAUUAUCAUGUAUACAAGAGUGCAGAUGAUGGUUCUAGAAAUUACAAUGAUGGUCACACCCUAACAAGUUAUGAUCAGGACCGGUGUAUUUCUAAGGCUGCCAGGCCAGCAAAGAGGAGGAACAAUGGUGACCAAAGUGGUGAUUGUUAUAGAACAGAUGAGACAGAGAAUAUGUCUACAAGCAUCGAAGACACCAUUAAUCCUGAAGUUGAAAGGUCUAAUGGUGCUGUUGAGGAUCUUCUUAGAACUAGAAUCACAGCAAGACAGAACAACUACAUCAGGGAGUAUUCACAAGUCAAUAUCUGGAAAAUGCUUACGGAGAAGGCUAAGGCAGCGAUUGGUAUAAAGCUAGAAGAAUGGAACUUAGCUCAGGCAAACAAGUUGGAAGAAAAAGAGAAAUUAAGGCGGCAAAAUGGACAAGAAGCAUCUGCAAUAGAUGCAAAUACAGGCAAACAUGAUUCCAGCAUUAGGGAAUCUUCAGCCCAUGGCCUUGAUGUCAAUACAGCUAAGAAAGUCGUUAAACAUGUAUCCAUUGAUGUACCUGAUCCUGAUUUCUAUGACUUUGACAAGGAUCGCUUGGAGAUGACUUUUGAAGGUGACCAGGUAUGGGCUACAUAUGACAGUGAAGAUGGUAUGCCUCGACUCUAUGCCAUGGUUCAAAAAGUUUUAUCUUUGAAUCCUUUUAACAUCCGCAUGAGUUUCCUUAAUACAAAGUCCAACAGUGAAUUGGGACCAGUUAACUGGGUAGCCUCUGGAUUUGACAAAACCUGCGGGGAUUUUAGGGUGGGUAGAUAUCAAAUUAGUGACACAGUCAAUAUAUUCUCACAUAGAGUUAGAUGGGAGAAGGGUCCACGUGGAGUCAUUAGAAUUGUCCCUAAGAAAGGUGAUAUUUGGGCCUUAUAUAGAAAUUGGUCUCCAGACUGGAAUGAGCUUACGCCUGAUGAUGUGAUAUACAAGUAUGAAAUGGUGGAAGUACUUGAUGAUUACACAGAUGACCAUGGUGUGUCUGUCAUCCCAUUGGUGAAAGUUGCUGGUUUCAAAGCAGUGUUCCAUCGACAUAUGGAUCCAUUGGAGGUUAAGAGGAUCACAAGAGAAGAAAUGUUUCGUUUCUCACAUCAGGUUCCUUCUUAUUUGCUCACAGGCGAAGAAGCUCAUAAUGCUCUGAAGGGUUGCCUUGAAUUGGACCCAGCAGCAACUCCUGUUGAACUUCUUCAGGUUAUAACCGAAGUUAAGGAAGAUUUGGGGAUGGAGAUAAACAAACAACAAUCAGGUAAUUGAUUCAGAAUCUAUUAGGGGCAGUGGAUGAACCUUUGGCAUCGAACAAUGGACUUGUCACAAAAUGAAGUCUCAUGGAGCUUCCAUUCUCCAUUUCAUCAUCCUUUUUUUUCUCGAUGACUUGGACUAGGAUGCCAGGGUUGUUGACCAUUCACAUAUCUUCUGUUACAGUCAUUGUUGGGCAUAUAUAACCAUUAACUCUUAUUCCAAUAUGAGAUUGCUGGAAAUAGCAGUUAGUUUCUGGAACCUUGUACCUGCUAGAACCUGAUUUCCAUCUUACUCUUGAACGUCAAACCAUGCGCUGAAAGAAUUCUAUAUUGGCAGUUUUUGAAUCUAAUCUUCAUCUGGGAUGAUCGAGAGAAGGGUUAAAACUUGAUGAUUGAGGUCUCCAGAGGUACAUUCAUGAAUACAGGUCUUCGUGGUGGAUGGAAGAGGACAGGUCCUUCCCGAUCGGUCUGACUCUUUGAUCCUCUUGUAUUAUAAUGACAAUGGUGGAUCAGUAAUUUAUACUGCAGCGAGGAGCCUAUCAGGACCUGCAACCUUGACCAUACCAACGAAGAACAUGAGCUGAAGCCCUGUUAUCAGUGGUGUAAUCUACAGACUAUUAGGGUUCUCCACCCAUGCAACUGUCUCCCGCAGAAUUAACUAUGAAGUAGAAGAAGAUGAGUUCUAAAGGAUAAACGACGGAGACAGAGUUGACACCAUCAAUUGAGUACUACAUUUAUUCAUAGGAAUAAAGGCGACAGAAGUAAAUUACACGAUGCACGCAGCUCGUUCGUUUUCCUCUUCAGCAUUGUCUGUCUUCUUCAGUCCAGCCGCUGGGGUGACGGUGGUGGCUCAGGCAGAUCGUAUUCGGCAGGAUGAUCAAGGCGCUGGAUCUGUCCAGCUCGAGGAACAUAUGGCGACUGCAUCCCAUUUGGGCCUGAGGGAGCCGUUCGCUGCUUGGGAAGUAGACCUCGCAUCUCAUCGUUCUCUUCUGCAACAACACCGCCGGCGGCUACUUGCAGACGCUUGUCCUUGUCCCUACCGUUUUUUCCCAGUCUUGUUCCUGCUGCAGCAGUGGCUGUAGACACAACCAGAACCACCAUUACAACGCAAAUGACCCUUGUUUGCUCCAUAUGAUCUCUGCUAUCUCGAGGCUUUGGAUGAUCUCGUAUGGAACAGCUACUGGCCUUUUAUAGGCAGGCUUAUGGAGGUGGGAGGGAACGAAGUUUAGAGAGCCAUGGCAUCGCUUCCUCUUCUUUAAUCUCAGAAAACUUGUCCUCAUGUACUUUAAUUAGGUACGAUCUCUCUUCAUGUACUUUAGUUUUCCUUCUGAUCAAGGUGGCUAGCACUUGAGGUAGACA